CAGUGCUUGUCGUCUGUCGAGAGUCGUCAUCAAAAUCUGGUGAUGUGGUUGUGUCUUCCUGAGCUGCUGCGAAAUAUUCGUGAAAUAUCGUGCGAAAUGUAGUCGCAGGACAUUUAUCAUGGUCGAACAACAUCGUAGUAACGCUUAGCGUAGAUUAGUUAUAUAUGUUUAAUAUGGAGCCGGAGAAGAAGAAAGAGAAUGGGAAAGAAAGCGAAAUUGAUGAGGUGAUGGUGAUGGUAGAAGUGGCAGGAGCUGACGAAGAUGAUGAUGAUGAUGAUGCCACGGGUCAAAGGCGGAGGAAGAAAAAGAACGGAGGUCAUCACCGACAUCGUCACCAAAAGAGCAUGUCAUCCGACCCUGGCAGUGACCUCAGGGAUGAUAAUUCGACGUCAUCAUCACAGAUGUUGGGCCUUCUAGACGAAUUCACCAAGAUUUACUCCGAUCGACUGCAACGGGUCGAACAGACAGCGAUGAAAACCACCGAUAAACAAUAUCUUGAGAGCAAAGUGUGUGUUCUGGAAUCCUGGGUGAGAGAUCUCGGGGAACAGAACGCCGUCUUGGUCGCCACUGUUGAGGAGUUGGAAAAGGAGGCAGCAGAUCGUGUUGCCCUCCUGGAAGACAGAUUGGCCAAGAUGGCCACCACUACCAGAGAAUCCUGCGUCUCCUUGAGAGAUCAUCAGCUCCAGGUGUCUAGUCUAGUAGCAGGUAAAAUGGGUUUGGAGAAGGAGGCUCAUAGUUUAGGAGAAAAACUCGUGAACUUAGAAAGGAGUAAUAUGCGCCUGAAAGAAGACAACAACAAUUUACAAGGAGACCUUACCAAUCUCGUGCAGUUGAUCACCAGAGCAAGGCUGACUGGACAAUGGGAAGCAGACGAUUUAACAUUUACAUGUGUCACUCCUGAACAGGUCUUUGGACCUGUUUUAUCAUCCUCCAGAAGAUCAUCACAGUCCUUGAAAGACAGUCAAAGAGACUACAUCCACCAAAUGUUGGAAGAUCACAUAAAGAAGGACAACUCUUCAAUCAGGAGCUCUCUAUCUAAUAUUCAUGAUGCUGACAGCAGUAUAUAUGGUAGCCGAGGGUCUGAGAAAGAUGUCCUGAUCAUGAAAUUAAAAGCUGACUUAAGAUGCUCACAAACUGCACAUGAAGAAAUCAACUGCCAACUUGUAGAAAGAGAUAAACAAAUUGCUGAUUUACAGGCGCACCUCACAGAAAUUCAUCAUGAACUUGCUGAAUCCCAGGCAGAAGUUGGUCGUCUUAGUCAUAACCUUCAAGAACUUCGUCAUCAGAGUAAACAUGAAAGUAUUGAGGUUACUCGAAAGGAAGAAGUGCUCCGUCAUAUCCUCUGUAAAGCAUCUAAGAAAGAUUCUCUACGAGGAUCUUUUUCAUCCCUCUGUGAUAUGGACUCCACAGUAAUGGGGGACAACAAUGUAGAGGCACAAUUGAGUGAAAACAUAGACAUCUUAGCAAGCCGGUUGGCAGAGUUGGAAGAUGAAUGUCAGCAGUUACGUGAUCAGCAUUCUGCCCUUCAAGAUACACAUUCACUUUGUGCUCCAACCAUUAACAUGUUGCAAGAUCAGCUCUCAAGGUCCCAGCAGAUGCAAGUGGAGCUGCGCACAGUGUUAACAUCUGAAGUCGCUGAACGUCAUGACCAAAUUGUGACGUUGAAAGAUCAGGUGAAAGAGCUGGAGCAAACUCAACAUGAAACGAAGAUGCAGCUUCAACUCAGAAAUGAAGUUAUUAAAGAUCUAAGGAGGGAGAUUAGAGAGCUGAAAGAGAAAGUGUCCUCAUUAAGUCCUAAGACUACAUUAACAACAGUGAAAGAAGAUCUAGGAAAGUCUAAAAAGGAAUCAAAGCCUGAAGGGACACAAACAUGUCAAGUUGACAGCAUUGAUAAAGGAGCAAUGACUGAGCAGUCUACUGCAUCACCACCAAAUGGAUACUACUCUAAUUCACAGCUGUUAGCACAAGUCUCUAAAUUGCAGAAUGAGCUUGCGGAAAAGAGUGUCCUCCUCCGUGAGCUGCAGAGUCAUCUGUCAGCUUCACGACAAGAGGUGAAGCUGAAGGAUGAAACGUUGUAUAAGUUAGAACAGAAGCUCAAUGCCACUAGACGAGAAGAUAGCCAAAAAGGAGAACGAAUGCAGUACCUUACUGGCCAGCUGACUAGCCUGCAGUUAGAAGUCGGUCGAACUCAUGGUCAGGCUGAGCACCUUCGUAGACAGCUUGAGAACAAAAAUGAAAUGCUUCAAAAGAUGGAAGAUGAAAAUUCUUCACUGACAAAGAUCCUCAAUGAAAAGUCAGUAACGCUGGAGAAGUACCAAAGUGAUAUUCUUAGGGUCACCAGUGAUCUUGACAGAAAGAAGAAAGAGGUAGCAGACCAGCGUCUGACAAUCAACACAUUGCAGGAUGCUCUUGUUACAAGUAAAAGAACUUGCGAUGAGCUACGUAUGCGUCUGGAGAGCGAUGGAUUUGAUCUCUGUGCUGAUAUAUAUAAGCUUCAAGAGGAGGUUAAUUCCAGGGAGGGUGAAACAGAGAGACUGGAGCGAGAUCUAAAGGCAGCCCAAAGUCUCCACCACCAAGCAUUCACGCAACUGGUGGAGAGCGACGCGCGAGGAGAAGUCUUGCGGGAGGAGAACCGAGCACUCAGCCGCCGCAUCGCUUCCCUUCAGGAGGACCUCAAGCAGUCUCAUUCUCUCGACGCACGACAGGUACAUCUUUGGCAGGAGAGGGGCGAGGAAACGCGUUACAAGCUCUUUGAAGCCUACAGUGAUUCUGAGAGAUCCAACAAAGAGAAAGACCACCUUCGGCGUCAGGUCCAGGAGGCUGAUAGGCGGUGUCAGGAAAUGGUAACAUCGAUGAAACUUUUGCAGGGACAGGUGCAGACGCUGGAAGAGGAGGUAACAGCGGCGACAGAGGCCAGGGCUGAGGCGGAGCGACGGGUGGCGGAGACACAGAGGAAGAACUUGAAUCUUCAGGAGACUCUUUCGGCUCAGGAAACAAGUGAGAGUGUGGAAAGACUGGGUCGCCAGCUGGAGGAUACAGUGGCAGCCUUGACAAAGGCUAGAGAAGAGGCUCAUUCCAAGGCGGAGCAGCUUCGACAAGUAAAGCAGGAUGUUACCCAGCUUUCUGAUGCCCUUGCCUAUGAGAAGGAGCUGAACACCAAUUUGCAUGACCAGAUGGAAGUGCUAAUGAAGGUGGCUGGUAAUCAUGAAUAUAAAUCCUCUGAACAACAACAGGAGAUACGAAAGAUCAUCAGGGACUCGAUGCAGAAAGAUCGCCAGAUAUCAACACUAGAAACCCAAGUAGAAGCCCUCAAGAUUCAAAUAAAUGCACUGGAGGAUCUCGUUUCCAGUGAACGGAAGGAAGUGUUGUCACUUAAGGAAGCGUUGUCCAAGGAGUCAAAGUUAUUACACCAGACGAGGAAUAAGCUAGAUGUAGCCAGGAAAGAAGCCUCGCGAGGGGAAGAACAACUGAGUGGCUUGAGAAAGGACCUCCAACAUGCCCAAGACAAGGUCACCCGACAGGAGCAGCGAAUCAAAGAGAUGGAGAGUGAGCGUGAAGCUGAAGUGGCAGCCGUGGCUGAGCGGCUCACUGCAGCCCACGAAGCUAGUGUCCGGAGGUUAGAGGAGAGCUUAGUGACCUACUCCCGACUGCAAGCCCGGGAAGAAUUCCAGGUCGAAAACCUAGAAGAAUCCGUGAGGGAUAUGGGAGGACGUCUCGCCGAGUCGGAGCUCCGAGCCAAGGAGUUCGAGAGAGAGAGGGAGAUCCUCAGCAGGGGCCUCCGUCAGGAACAGGGGCGUCGGGAGGAUGAUAGCCAGGAAUACCAAAGGCAGAUCAGGAGACUUACUGAAGAAAUGACUCUACUGAAGGCACGACUCGAAGGCGUUCAGGAAGAGACUUUGACUUGGCAGCGUCACUGUGAAGACUUGGAGGAGCGCCACCAGCAGUCAGACGGCAGCAGUAGCAUACAUCCGCAGUUCCAGAAAGUUCAAUGUCAGGUGGAGAGCCUGCGAGAAGCUUUGUUAACAGCGAAAAUGGAAACCAGGAAAGCCGAGGAGGAGAGGAGCCACGCCCAUGAACAGGUCCUGAGUUUGAUCAGGGAAUGCAACACACUCGAGGAACAGAUCCAUCGCCUAACCAAGGAGAAAUGCCGAUUACAAGAGCAACUCUCAUGCAAAGAAUCGGACAUGGUACUCCUUGAGAGGGACAAUACCACUGCCUUCUCCAAAGAAGAACUGACUCGUUCAGCAGAAAGAAUUGCAGAGUUGGAGAAAGAACUCACACUAGCAAAGAGUGGAGCUUGUAAUAGCAAAAUGACCCUUGAAGGAAAUGAAAUGAAGUAUGUUCGUCAACAGCUAGAGGAGGCUCAGCUAGAAAUUCAUAGACUCAAAGAAUCCAAAUACAAUGACUUUGGCACAGAAGGCAUUAAAUGGAGCGAGAAAAUUUCCUCAUUGCAAGACGAAGUCUCAGUGGUUACUAGGCAGCUCAAAGAAACAGAACACCGGGAGGCUCUUCUUAAAGAUCAAAUAUAUGUACAAAACCUGAGCUCUUGUGGAAGUAGUGGCGAGAUAAUGGUGAGCCAACUUCGAAGCGAGAUUGCCUCUGCUCGAAAGGAGAGCAGUGAGGCCCGACGUAUGUUACUGGAACGUGAGAGUCAGAGUCGCAUGUCUCAGCUGAAGAUUGAAACUCUACAAAAAAUGCUUCAGGACAGACAACAUGAAGUUACUGGACUAGAGGAGAAGCUAUCAGAAUCGCAGUCAGAAGCCCACCGCUUUGAAACUGAAGUUGCUCAUUUGAGAACUCGGGUGGCCACCCUCUCUACGCAACUCGAGCACGCCCAGUCUCACAAUAAGUCUGUCAGCAGUAAUGGUCACAUGCUCACUCAUUCUGAGAAGGUUGAAUCACUUGAGAAUGAAGUGUCACGUCUGGAAGGAGAACUGGCUGCUAAGACUGAGGAACUCAAUCAGCUGCUUGAGAAGGAGAAACGUCAUGUUGCAAAAGUACGAGAUCUAGAACAGGAGAUUGCAAGGAUAAUGAAGGCAAGAGAUGAAGCUAAUCGUAAGGAAGGACUUGAGGUUGUGAGUCUUGAGGGAUCCCUUGCAGAAUCUAUGGAGUCCACAGAAGCCACCAAGUCCUUGGAGAAGAUGUGGGAAACACAGCUGGCCAGCAUACAACAGGAGGUUUCGCGCCUUUUGUGUGAGACCACUCAGCUUAAGGAGUGCAACCUUGCCCUUCACAACCAAUUAUCAUCUAGUCAAAGGGAUAGUGAUCACCUUCGAAGUGAAAUUCAGUCCAAAGACUCUCAAGUAGAAGAACUCCAGAAUGCCAGAGAUUUGUUGGCCAAUGAUGCUCAGGUGGUUGUUGCAGCUGUGAAACAGUGGCUCCAUGAACAAAAAACAGCCAACUCAAAGCUUGCAGGAAAACUGCAUCAGCAGAAUAAGCACAUACUUCAUCUGAACACAGAAAAACAAUUUCUGGCUGAACGUAAUACCAGUUUACAGAGGAUUAACCAUGAACUUUCAUUGCAACUGCAUGACCUCCGAGCACGUCUAGGACUGCCCCUCAUCACUUCACCUGAAAAGAUGAACAGCAAGACUACAGGACUCUUAUCACCGCGCUUGUUGUCUCCGUUGGGCGGAGUCGGAGGUGGGGGUUCCUCAAGGGUCGUAUCCACUUCCCCACCGUUAGAUGCAGUUUUGGGACCAUCCUCAGAGAGCAUCUUUGGACACUCUGUUUUCAGCGACAAAUUUGAAGACGGUUUCAGCACUUGCUCCUCCGAGGGUAGUAGUGGUGGUGGUUGUCACGUGCCUGGGCCUGACCUACCUGGGGCAUUGCAGCUUGAACGGUUGGCACACCUUGCUGACUCACUCCUUUUAGCAUCAAGGAGCAUCACCAGAAGUUCAAACAUUUUGCAAGGUCAUCACUCCAACAGAAUGACCUCCGCAACAUCUUUGGGUGACCUUACAUCUCCAAGUGACUUGAGCAGUCCUAGCUGGAGGUCGUCUCUUAGAAACGCGAAGAGAACCUCCUCCUCCGUAGGAAACCUCUCACUUCUGAGUCCCAUCGACUAUAAAGACAAGCCAUGCAGUCCCGGUAACAAGUUCAACUAUCGAUUCGGCGACACAGCGAAUGUUUUCUCCUUCGGAGCGAAGAGCAACGCAAAAGGGAGUGAUUUUAUCCUAGCACCUCCAGUUCGUGAGAGGAAACUCUCUCUCCGGCUUUUCAACACUCACAGCAUUGAGGAAGGCGAAGAAGAAGAUGGAAGCUCAACUCUACGUUCUGAAGACGGCCUCCAGAGCACCGCAGUUCCUCCUCAUGAACAAACUACUCCUAAGCAGUCGCAUUCGUCCUCCACGGAUCAGGAAUUCCACUCGUUGCCCCCAGAUAUUAGCUCUGAAGAGUGCUCGCGCUUACCUCAGUCCCCAAGGUCAGCCAAGACUAUGGAAGUUGCCCGCCGUGCCUCCUUGGGAGAAUCAUCUGCAUAGCAGAUGAUGAAAGCGAAACAUUGAGUUACUAUUUCUCUUUGUCAUUAAAUUGUAUCUUCAGUUUUUUUCAUGGAUUAUCUGAUAACUCUCUUUUUUUAACUUUCAUAUAGUACAGUCAUUACUAUAAUGGGAAUAUCACUGAAUCUGUUCUAUGAUAGAGUUAAACUGGCAUUUUUGAUUGGGUACUUUUUUAAGAACUUAAAUUCCAGUGAAUGUAUAUUUAAAUGUACAGAAUAUUUAUGAAUCUGUAAAAAUUAUACAUAAUGUAUUUUAUUUAUUGCUGAAUACUGCUAAACAAGAAAUAUUUUCAAGUAGAGAUUAUGGUACAAAGUAUGGCAGCCUUUCUGACGAUACAAAAGGCAUGAAAUGUUAAAGUGUAGCCUCAGUGUAGAGUUUGCUGUAUAUUUUUAUAUUAAAGGAAUUAUUUGAUUAUUCUAAUUAUAGAUAUUAUGGUUUGUAAAAGCGUAAUGGGCGGAUUUUAGAAAAUUACUACUAUCUUUGAAAUGCUUCAGGCAAUAUAAGUUUAAGAUUUCUCAGAGGUGGUACAUUUAUUGUACUCUGCAUGGAUCCUUAUCGUUUGGGCAUCCCAGUUAAAUUAAUGUCUUUACAGAGUAUUCAUUAUUCUGUCAUUGAUUUUAUUUCGCAGUCUUAUGUCACUGACAUUGUCCAUGAAAAAAUUUUGAUGUACAAUAAUCUGAUCUGCUUUGAUUCGGGGAACAAGACCUAUAGUAACUUGAACUUCCUGUAGCUUUACCUUGUAUGCCUGGUCAGUGCAACCUAGGUUAGGGUAGUUUAGGAAAGUAUAGGAUAGAAUAGGUAUGGUAGGUUAGGUUUGUAUAGUGUAGUACUGGAGUAGGUGCAGUAGAGGUGAAAGUUUGCAAUAGCAGUCACGUUUAGAGUCUUGUUACCUCUUGUUUUUCACAUUUUUCAGUUUAGUUUGUUUAGAAAUGAGAUAUUAUGACAUAUGAAUAACUGUGAUGCCUCACAUCAGUACAGAGCUUGGAGAAUGCCCAAACAAUGGUCAGUAUCAGUGUCAGUUUCAGUGUAGAUAGGGUAGUUUAGGAUAUUGUAGGUUAGAAUAGAGUAGGAUAGGUAGAGUAGUUAGAUAGUGAACUGAUUAGUAUUUUCUGAUACAUACAAUUAUUUGUGGCAUUCUUUUGAGCCUAGUCAAAUUCAUUUACCAAAUAGCAAACUCAGCAACUGAAAUGAAUUUCCCAAAAUUAGUUGGAAGUCUCUGGUUGUCAUGAAAGCUGUCAUCACUUCGGCCAGAUACUUGAUUAUUACUAAUGAAAUACAUUACUCUUCACGAAGUACAAUUGUGUACGUACAUAUUUACAAAACCAAUAUAGGCGAGGGACCAUUCAUACUGGACGUUUGGAGCAUGGUGUUUCUAAAUUGA